UUUGGGAUGUCAUCUUAGCCGCGAAACGGGCAUUUUUUAUGGUCUUCCUCAAAGGCGUUUACCGACGAUCUUUCAAAAUCUGUCAGUCCGAGGUCCUCUGAGUGCUUUCCAUGAAGCGAACUCAUGCUCGUCAAUUACGAGUGAUUUUAAAGUGAAAACAGCUCCACUGUCCUUGACGAUUUUUGUCAGCCGGAAAAAUUGGUCAGCACGGCGGUUACCAGGAUAUUCUCAAAUACAAUUCUAUGUGAAAAUUAUUAAGAAUUCAAGAAAUUUAUUGUCAAAACAAAAGUGGAUUUUCAUGUCUUACAAAGAUGCGGCCUUUGCCGGCACGAGGUAAAGGGAUGAUUUUCACAUGGUAGCGCUUCCUUGAACAAAGUAAGUGAAAAGCGAUUGAUACGAGAGAAGUUUUGAAGGGUCUACUCUCGAGAAAGUGAGGAAGUGCAAUUGAAAUUGAUGUAAGUGUUCGUGAAGUUUAAAUUUCUUCGAAUUGUGCAAAAAGAUGUCAAUUACGUAGUGAGAGCAGUUACCGCUUUGGUCGUUGCUGCAAAGUUUAUCAGUUUUCACCUUUGCUCCUGUCUACUACUCGUAUGUGGAUGGGAUGCGUCUUUCGUUUUCUUAUGCAAUGAUUUCUUGAGUGAAACAAGUAAGAGUUUCCUUCGGGAGCUGGGGGAAAUCACAUGAAUUUUUAGUGUUUACGACGACAAGUGGAAGUGCUCUUUGUUCAAAGCGAAAGUUUAUUCAACGGAGCACAUGUUUUCUUCGAAAGUAAUUGGAUAAGGAAGAAACUUUGCAGCUGUGAUCGGAUUUGGAUUAACUUCAGAAUUCGCUGGUCAAGGAAUGACAAAUGGACAUUUGGGAAGUUUCGAUUAAAUGACGACAUCACCUUUACUCAAAUCUACGCCGCAAAUAGCAUUUCGGCCAAGAACGUAUAAGAGCAACAGUCCGUUCAUCAACACCCAACGGAGCAGAUAACAUCACCUCGGACAAGGAUAUGUUUGUGACCACGCUCCUCCUCCGGUCAUUGGGGUGAAACCGCUUUUCGGAAGGACGAAACGACCAUAACCGGCAGUGCUUGACUGUCGACUCAGCUUUUUUGGCCACCAUCCCCUCCACCCAUUUCAACCAUAACAGGGAGUAAACUGAUUUCCUUACUCUUGAGAUGUCCGACAAUAUUUGACUCUUAUGCCUUUUGGUCUGCCAGAAAGGAAAGACAUUGGCGAGCUGGGAAGAAUCAAAUCAAGAGGGCCAGCCCAGCGCUAAAAACAGCUUUGAGCUUAAUAUUGAAAGACGUCUUUCCGACAUCAACGACAACGACGGUGAAUAUAUCAAAGAGGGAAUAGGGUUUUUUUAUGAGGAAGUGGAAAUUGGAUCAGGGACGAAAACGACGACGCCGCCGAGUACUGGUGAUUCCGCUUGGGAAAAUUGACAAAUCGUAGACAAAAAUAAGAAUACUUAGAAACUUGAAACGAAUAAACACGAACGCAAACACCUAUUUUCUCCGUGAAGGAAUUAAUUGGCUUUAAAGUCAGUGACACGAUGCGAACAAGGCGAUUGCUAACAUCCCGGUGGCAUGAACCUUUUAAGUGGUUCACGCUUUUCAAUUUGUUUACUCAAGUGAUAUGUUUGAAGGACUUACGGAUAUCGGUGCCAGAAGCAGUAGCAGUAGGGGACACUGUUACACUAUCAUGUUUUUACGAUUUAGAAAACGCAGCCUUAUACUCCGUUCGGUGGUACUUUGAAAAUGAGGAAUUCUACAGAUACGUGCCAAAGGAGCAGCCACCCUCGAGAGUUUUCACAAUAUCCGGUGUACCAGUGGAUAUACAAAGGUCCAGCGAGCAUAGCGUAAUAAUACGCACGGUGUCACGUAAUCAUUCGGGCAGCUAUCAAUGUGAAGUUUCUGCGGACGCGCCAUUGUUUCACACGGAAUCGAGCACGGCCACCAUGUUGGUUGCUGACCUGCCCGAAUCGGAGCCAGUUAUCUCCAUUCUUGGCAUGGCUGGUCCGGAUCAUAAACGCAUUGUUCAUAGCCAUGAAACAUUUAAGGCUCACUGUGCCGCAGGCCCAUCCCAUCCGCCCGUUAAUUUCACUUGGUUCGUGAACGGCAUCAGAUUUCCGUCAACCCAUUCUGGUCUACGGGAUGCCGACAUACAAUACACUUCAAAUGGCCUUAAGGAGGCCUGGUCAGAGUUGGUGGUUCAAGUCGACAAUCACAUUGUACCAACUUCAAGCCGCAAGUUGAUUGUCCGUUGUGAGACAAACAUCUACAGUUUAUACAGAGGUGCCGCCGAGGCAGAAUUAAUUGUAAUUGGCGAUGACUUUUGGUUAAACGGGGGAAAAGUGAGUCCCACAAUCGACCAACGGGGCAAUCGUGGCGAUCCAGAUAAUUCACCAUUAACAGGAGGAGCAUGCAGUAUCCAAAGUACGCUGUCGACUUCAAGGAUUCGAAAUAAUCUGACGAAAUUUCUAGAAGUUCUAGUUAUGGUUGCAUUUAUUUCAUUUCCCAUUCUGCGAUUAUAAAGGGCAAAGAUUUGAAGAUAAAUCUAUUAAAUUUUUGUAUAUUUGAAUUUUAGGAGCUUUUAGUCAAGUGAAUGUGAGGAACCACCACCGUAUAUUGGAACCAUGAAAAUUGUGCACAUUUCGAGUGUAUUGUGUUAUGUGAGAAAUGCCUUAGACUAUUCAAACUGGCUUUUAAUUCAUUCAUUAAUCAAACGAAUUUAAGAUCAUUGUGCAGCAUUUUCGUUCCAAAUGGUGGAGGCUUUAUGGAGUGUAAAAAAUGGUGGGGUGGUUAACACUACCUUGGUUUCUCACGGCACUUACCACUAAUGCAUCUAUUUUAUUUAUUAAUGUACUGUAAAUAGUCAAGACAGUCACCUUACUAAGAAUGAACUUAAUAUAAUUUUGAUAAAACAUGAUAAAUGCCAGUCGAAUCUAUUAUAUAAUGUAUGAUAUUCUGUUCUUAAAUACGUAAUUAAUUGAAAAAGGAUAUAGUCUAAGGGAAGCAAUCCACAGAUGUUGGGUGCAACUAAAAGUAUUUAGAAGUUUAUGGAUGGAUAGACCGUGACAUUUUAUCUCAAUUAUUCUUUUUAAGAAUGUUUUGUAUAUUUCGUUACUAAAACUGAAGUAAGAGAGUAUAUUAAUAAACAGUGUUAAUUUUACUGUAGCUUCAGCUAACGCUCAUUGAUUGGCCUACAUAUUUCGAUGAAAAGGAUCAUAUUUUGGAUUGAACUAACGACGGAAAAGAUCGCAUGCAUAUGCAAACUGAGGUUAAAUUAUAACUUUUAACAUUAGUUUUUAAUGACCUCAAAAAUGAAUCUUCAGUUCUUACACAUAUGCUUGAUUAAUCCAACCUCAAUCAAGAAAAAAAUCAUUUUAUAAGAAUAGCAGGCAUAUGUUAACGAUUGGAAGCAAAUCUUCAUAAAAUUCUAGAAAAUGAUGGACCACGACCAUCAUAGUUAUGUUAUUCAAUGUUUAUUGGUAAUGAAUUAUAGAUAUAUAUUUUGCAAUAAUGGAAAUCUGGGAUUCAGAUCCCAUUCUUUUUUGUUGUCUUAUUUUAUUCCUCGUUCCAAUCAAUUUAUAAGGUAACCAGGACAAUAGAUGUUAAUUAACUAGUCAUUUACAGGUAUUUAAACAGAUAAGACAAGAAAAAUGUAAGUUAAGAGUUUUUAAGCAAAUGUACAAUUAUUAAUUGAAGCUCACAGCGAAAACAUCUUGUAUGAUUUAAAUAAAACUAUAAAAAACGAGAAACAUUUUAGAUAGGUUAUAGUGAUAACUUCGCUAAAAGUGAUGAAACAGGCAAAGUUAAAAAAGUAACAAUUUAUUUUUUGUGUUUAGGGAGGAAAUAAUUCUCCAUAAAUAUUGUUACCUAUACUAAUUACUAAUGCUACAAUCAAAAACAAAAAUAUACAAAAUAAAUUAUUUUAGUUCAAAAUGAUAGCUUGAGUAAUAAUAUGCGAAAGGCUUUAUUUAAUUCCAAUACUUGCGCGGGGGUUAUUAUCUGUUACGGAACGUAAAAUGAUCCCAAGAGAAAUCUCAAAAAAGGUUGGGAAAACUAAGUUGGUUGCAUUACGUGCUAGAUAGUAUUUCACUUUUUGAAUAUCCCCAAUGGUUUCUAUAAAUUAUUUCACGCGCUACAUUAUCUUCCCAAUUCGUAUUUUUAAUUUACUUCUUCAGAUAUUAUUAUUUGAAAUUACUUGAAAAAAAUAAAAAUAAGUGCUAGGCCUAGUCCAAAGAAGACGAAAGUAUGAAGAAAACUAUAAACAAAAGGUAGUGAAAUAAAACUAAACGAAUUAAUAUUAUAAUUAAAGCAAAUAAAGUGAAUAUGUGUAUAAAAUUUAUAAUAAUUUUAAAUAAAAACAUUAUGAGAAAACC